GAGAAAUAUUUGUUAGUGUUAUUUCAUUAAUUAAUGACUGACUUUAAACCCUAGACUCGCACUAUAAAUAAGGUGCAUACUGAUACGAUUCAAAGUAUAAUAUAAAAAAAAUCCAUAUCUUAACUUUUCUUAUUCAUGAAAAUGUCUGAAUCAAGGAUCUUAUACUUAUCACCAAUGUUGCUGAUUCUUCUCAGCCUUCUAAUGGCUUCCUUCUUGGACACCACGGCUGCACAAAUCGGAGUAUGCUACGGGAGGUUAGGCAAUCCCCGGCCAAAUCCAUCAGACGUUGUGGCUCUUUACAAGCAGCGCAACAUCAAGAGGAUGCGGCUUUACGCUCCAGACGCAGAGGCUCUCAACGCUCUCCGCAACUCCGACAUCGAGCUCAUCCUCGACGUUCCCAAAACAGACCUCGAACGUGUCGCCUCCAGCCAAGCGGAGGCCGACGCGUGGGUCCAAAACAAUGUCAAGAACUACGACGGUGUCAGGUUCCGUUACAUCACGGUCGGAAACGAGGUGAAACCCUCGGAGCCAGCCGGUAGUAUUCUCUUCCAGGCCAUGCAAAACAUCGAUAGCGCGGUUUCUGGAGCAGGCCUCGGGAUCAAGGUGUCGACGGCUAUAGACAUGGGAGCCACCACGGACACGUACCCUCCCUCGCACGGAAGAUUCACGGAUGAGUACAAGAACUUUCUCCAACCGGUGAUAGAUUUCUUGGUAAGCAAGCAAUCUCCUCUGCUUUUGAAUAACUACCCUUACUUCAGCUACAAGGACAACAUGGACUCCAUCCCCCUUGAGUACGCUUUGUUCAAACCGACCCCUGUAGUCAAUGACGACUCAUACUCUUACACAAACCUCUUCGACGCCAAUCUUGACGCGGUCUACGCAGCACUGGAGAAAUCAGGCGGAGGGUCGUUGGAAAUCGUGGUGUCGGAGAGUGGUUGGCCCACGGAGGGAGGACCAGGGACUAGUGUGGAUAAUGCGAUGACUUAUGUUAAUAAUUUGAUACAACAUGUGAAGAGUGGAACUCCGAGAAAGCCAGGGAAAGCUAUAGAGACUUAUAUAUUCGCUAUGUUUGAUGAGAAUCAGAAGGGUCCUCCCGAGCUUGAGAAGUUUUGGGGGAUGUUUCUUCCUAGUCAACAGCCUAAGUAUGAUGUUAAGUUCAACUAAUAUCCUUGAAGAUACUGAGCAAGGGCUAGUGAUACAAUAAAAUGCUUUAAAUCUAUUAUUUGAUGGCCUUUUCUGUACUGGUAUUAAAACGGGGAACGUGUUGUAAUGAUAAGGAAUAAUGAGCCUUAAAUUAUGUUUUACUCCAUCUGUUUCUAUAAUAUAAGGAGAGUGGUUUAAUUUC